GAUAGGAUUAGAAACUGCUGUCAUGGCCCUGCUGUGUGCCUCCUCCUGCACUGGAGGCUUUUCUUCUCCUCUAUCUCUGUCCCCUGUGCCUCCUAAAUCCAUCAGGGGCCCCUCCCCCAGUGACCCCACCCUAGUACAGGGCACUCCAGGUCCUAUGAGCAUCCUUUUGUCCUCACUGGUCCCAUACCAACGCAGUCCGUUCUCCUCGUAGCCUAACUUCCACGUGUCCUGUCCCAGUACAGCAUUUUCCUCCUUCGGCCAACAGGGAAAGUGGACACCAGUCAUCUGUAAACAGUCCUCCCCACCAGAGGGGCGCCCUACUCCAUCCCCCAUCUCAUCCUCAAGCUCCCCUUGCAGGCCUUUCACCUCCUCUGCAGCCCCAUAAUGUGGCAAGCAGAAAGUGAAAUCUAGUUCGUAAACAGGAUUGGCUUUCACCCCCAGGCUCCUUCUUUACCCUAAAUGGCCCGCUCUCCUCUCUCAUUCCAGCCAUGCUCUUGAGACCCUCCUCAGCCUGCUCCUCCUCUCCCUGUUCGGGGUGUUCCCGAAACUGGACAGGAUCCAAAGCCCGUACCUGCCCUCCAAGUUUUCACUUCCACUCUAGAGUUUUCCUCAAGGAAAAGUCCUCUCUUAGUCUAACCUUAAUCUCUCCUGCUGCGUGCCUAAAUGCCCUUUCCACCUUUUCUCUUUAUGAAAUCUCCUUUACAUCAUAAAUACCAUCUUCCUCUCAGACCCUGAAACCUGCCCCAGCUUGAAGAAGUUCUUUUCACAUCUACCUCCUGCCCAGAGUCUAGGAUACCUGGAUGCCCGCCUGCCGAUGGACUACGACAGCGACCCGACCAGGUCUGGCUCUCCAGCCUGAGGGGCGGCCCCUCAGCCGCCAGCGCAGCCACGACGGGGUUAAAGCUCAGGACUUGGGGAGGAGGGGGCCGGGAGGGGCGGUGCGGAGCCAAUCCGCAGCAGCACAGUCCCCGGGCCGAGUGGGGCGCGCCGAGCCGGGAGCUGCGAGCCGAGCCUAGCGCCCGGCUAGGGCCGGGGCUCGAGCGCAGCGGAGAGGGAGUCCCGAGUUCCCAGCCCGAGUCCCGCCGCCGCGGUACCCCACGCCAUGGAGCCGGAUAACAGCCCACGGAAGAUCCAGUUCACCGUGCCGCUGCUGGAGCCGCACCUGGACCCCGAGGCGGCCGAACAGAUUCGGAGGCGCCGCCCCACCCCUGCCACACUUGUGCUGACCAGUGACCAGUCAUCCCCAGAGUCCCCACCAAGGUCUGGAGACAGAACAAGGUCUUGGAGAAUGUCAGAAGAGCUUGAGAUAGAUGAAGACAGGAUCCCCAACCCACUUCUCAAGUCCACUUUGUCAAUGUCUCCACGGCAACGGAAGAAGAUGACAAGGACCACACCCACCAUGAAAGAGCUCCAGACGAUGGUUGAGCAUCACCUAGGGCAACAGAAGCAAGGAGAGGAACCUGAGGAAGCUGCUGAGAGCACAGGGACCCAGGAGUCCUACCCACUUGAGAUCCCAGACACAGGCUCAGCGUCAAGGCCGGGUACUCCUGGGAUAGCACAAAAGCCUGCAGCAUCCACCCCCAAGAUUCAGGAGCAGUGUGGUGUGCAGCCCAGCACAAAGGACCCCUUGCCACCAACGGAUUCCCAGGGAGCCAGCUUGGUCUGAAAGGAGUUGGCAUCCCGGGAUCGCCACUGCGGUGUGGAAACUCAUGGACACUGGAUGUUCCUUAAUCUCUUGUUUUUAAAAGUGAUAAAUUUGGUGUUAGGUCGUUGGUGCUCUUCUUUUUUCCAGCCUGGGCAUUCCUUCCUUCCUUAGCUCUUGUCUGCACGCCACAGCCCCCCGCUCUCAGGACUAACUAGGGGAGGAAAUAGGAAAACUGACAAAAGCCUAGAUUUUAUGUUCAUAAAGAGAAAUGGGAGUCUGGAAGUCAAAGAGCACCUCAGUGCUUUCUUUCCUUACUGAGGAAAGCUCUGCCCACACAGAAGGGUUGCACUCUGGGAGACUGCAGGUCUGAAACAGAAGCCCUGACAAGCUGGGCAUCCUGUGCUGUGUCUCCCUCUGCAGGACAUAAGUGGGAAGUGCACCUUGUCUCUAGACCCUGAGAAGAAAGUAUUUGGAAUUGUCUGGCCUCCAUCCAACUCUGUGGCCACUAUUCCUUAUUCCAACCUGAUAGGAAAGACUGUCUGAGAACUCAAGUGUCUAGAAACCCAAUGGACCACCUUUUGUCCUUCAUCCUGAGGUCAGGGUAAGACUAACACCAUGCACAGGUGGAGAAAUGGCUUCUGAUCCCAAACAGGCUUCUCAUGAUGCUGAUUCUGCUUUUCCCAAAAAAAUUAAAGAAAGGAAGAAGGCAAGAUUCUUUCACCCUCUUUGCUGCAUCAGUGCGCCACAGCUUGGGUGGUGCCGCAGAUAGCCUUCCCCUGGGCCUCUCUCCAUUCUCAAGGAGAACACCCUGCCAGAGCUCUAACUCAGAAGAUGACAUGUGAGAGAACACCACACACAUCCAGCCAGUCUCCCUUCUUUAUUGAUCUCUGGCUAUAUCAGGGGCCUGGGAGACCAGAAGCAUGGGGAGUCACAUGCGGUUCAGAGUGGCAAGUCUAACCACCAUGGAGAUGGACUUCACGAGAACAGGGCCCACUGUACAGAUGCAUGGCUGGUAUUUACAAGAAAGGAGGAGGCAGCCACCUGGACUCGGCCUUUUCUUGGAUGAGGUGGGGCAAGGAGCCUGAGGACAGGAAGAGGCUCUGCCUGGCUGCACUUGCUCUGUGUGCCCCAGGCAGCAACAGCCCUGCGCCCUUCCCCUUCUGCCUUCCAACCUGAGAGGCCCAGGGAGGGGAAUCUCUUCUUAGGCCAGUUCUGGGAGAAGGAAGGCAGGAAGGACCCACUCUGACCACAUGGAUUGCUGGGUCAUACCUUACCCCACUUGCACCAGGGCCAGCUGUCCCCUCCUUCCUUUGUUCAUACACACUGAAGGAAGAUCUCAAAGCAUUUACAGACAUUGGUCGGAUGAGAGCCUCUUAGUCCCGGG